UCGGGGCAGGGCCUGGCGGGGGGGUGUGGGGGGGGAGGCUCCGGGUUCCCCCGUGCCCAGCGGCGCUUGGGGCCGGGCAGAGCCCGGCGAGGUGUUGUGCUGGGGGGGCCGGGGCCGCUUUCCGAUGUGAGUCACCGGGGCCGCUGUCAGGAAGCGCCUGGGAGAAGCUCUCCCCUCCCGGAGCAGGCGGCGCGCCAUGCUGCCCGUCCCCGGCGCCCAGAGAAGUGAAGCGCUGCUCCUGUGGCCCUGCGGGAGCUGCGAAACCAGAUGAUCGUGGUGUCGUGUGCUGGGUGGUGUUUGUUUUAUCAGGAGUUGAAUGAUCUGGCACGUGAUCCUCCAGCACAGUGUUCAGCAGGGCCGGUUGGUGAUGACAUGUUCCAUUGGCAAGCUACAAUAAUGGGACCAAAUGACAGUCCCUAUCAAGGUGGAGUAUUUUUCUUGACAAUUCACUUCCCAACAGAUUAUCCCUUCAAACCACCUAAGGUUGCAUUUACAACAAGAAUCUAUCAUCCAAAUAUUAACAGUAAUGGCAGCAUUUGUCUUGAUAUUCUACGAUCACAGUGGUCCCCAGCACUAACUAUUUCAAAAGUACUUUUGUCCAUCUGUUCUCUGUUGUGUGAUCCCAAUCCAGAUGAUCCUUUAGUGCCUGAGAUUGCACGGAUCUACAAAACAGAUAGAGAAAAGUACAACAGAAUAGCUCGGGAAUGGACUCAGAAGUAUGCGAUGUAAUUAAAGAAAUUAUUGGAUAACCUCUACAAAUAAAGAUAGGGGAACUCUGAAAGAGAAAGUCCUUUUGAUUUCCAUUUGACUGCUUUCUAUGAGCCCACGCCUCAUCUUCCCCUGUGCACAUGUUUACCUGAUACAGCAGUGCUGCGUGUUGUACAUACUUGGAACAACAAAAUAGAAAUACUGUAUUUCCCCGUACCAACAUUGACUCCUAGCAGAGAAGUGUGUGUGUGAAAAGCUAGUUCUUCAGUCAUAACUUUGUGAGCCUAAAAGCAUUCCUUGUUGGUUUAAAUUGGGUAAUAAAAUGUGAAUGGGAGACUUACGGUGGAUUUCAUAUUUCUAGGGACGGUGUUGCUGAUCCAUGAAGGAUUUUAAGUGGAAUCCUUUUAAACUCAUAACAGUUAUGAAAGGCCAGGUGAAGAACUUGAAGCUGUUUCUGUAUUCAUUUUAUUCUGAAGGACCGACACCUUAGGUAAAUGUUAUGACCAAUGAGAGAAACUGUACCCACAUCCUGUGUUUAAGGUCUAAGUUUAACCGGUCAACAUUUAAAUGGAUUGGAGCUAUUAGUGCAUCAAGUGAUGUUGAUUUGUUUCAACUCUCUCCCCUCCUUCAUACUCUUUUUGGUUUGUAUGUGGUUUCUCAGUUAAUACAUAGCUAAUAGCUCUUAUUUUUCUUAAGUUUUUUAACUGCUUAGGUCUUUCUGGAUGUAAGGGUAAAAAAAUCCAUUUGACAGAAAACUUGUGUAUAUUUAAAGACCCAACUGCUCCCCUGGAGCUUGUACGUUCAAGAAUGAUUAAUCUGUGUAAUAAACUGAUUACUACAGUCAUUACAUAUAA